CCUACUCCUGCUCUUUGCUCGCUUUUCUCUUGGCUGGACUUUAUUCUGCCACUUCUCCCCGCAUCCUUUUCUCUCUCUUCCUUUGCUCUCCUAUCUUGAAGACAGUUAUCCGGUCUUCGCAUUACUAACUUGCUACGGCUGUAACACAACAUUCGACAUGAAAUACGCCCUCCUUGCCCCUUUCCUGUUCCAUAUUCUGCUUACUAAAGCUUGCGUGAGAUCCUUCCGAAAUCUGAUGACAGACCCCAUGUUUCGCGGCUCGAGAAAUUCAUGGCCACUGUAAUGAAGUCUUCUUUCCCCUUCGAUUCGAGCCAAGCCAGGGAAAGGAAACAGUUUACGUGGAUGUAAAAGUUACUCGGCCGAUGGGUCGACGAUGACAUGCUAAUUUUUCGAGACUCGGAGGUCACUAGAAAGAGACGGAAUUACAAGACCCAGCACUCCCUCUUUCCCGCCUUAUCAUUUCAAGUGCGUAAAAAAGCGACGCAGAAGCAUCAGAUCUCUGCCAAGCCACUCAUCCGAAACGCAACCGUCCUUUUCACAAACCUGAGCCUCCCGAGCAUUCGAAUAACGGUGAAGACGAGCCAUCGCGCAGGUGCCCACAGCUUACCCGGCGAAGUGAUCAAUCCCAUCCCGUGUUCCGUCAACUUGAUCACCUCCAGCGCACGCUCGUGUCUCCAUCGAGCCCACUCCAACAGUCCGCUAUCAUCUUCCGGCGCGCCGAGAUGAGCGCUCAGAACGGCUCCCAGGCUGAUAGAGUCGCGCAGGCCGAGACUCAGACCCUGCCCACCGAUGGGACUGUGG